CCAAUGGCUCAUUCUUUGGGGUACUUGGUGGAAUUUAAUGGUAAUGCCACCUGCAGUGUUCUUUGGGUUUUUUUUUUGGUCAUCUUUGAAUUGUGUUUCCACAAUACCGUUACCUAAUCUAAUUGGCCCUCUUGUUUUUAUUUGACUCAGUAAUUAUUACCAGUGCACAUGCUUUACAUUGUUUGGAGCUCUCCCUUGUAUUGGAGCUGUAGCGCAGCUGCUGUGUUGGUAAUCGGAAUCUUCACGGAUGACAGAUUGUUUCUAUGGCGACGGGGUAUUUAUUGCAGUUACAGCGGCUCUCUACACACCCCGGUGGAGAGCUGGACUUUAGAACUAGAUGAGCUCUUGUGAAGCAGCAGGGAGUGGGGACAACGGCAACAGGUAGACUAGGAGAGACCCGCGCCGCUAAAGCCAUGGCAAAGUUCCUUACCCAAGAUCAAAUUAAUGAAUUCAAGGAGUGUUUCUCUCUAUACGACAAGAAGCGCAAGGGGAAGAUUGUGGCGAAGGAUCUCAUCACAGUGAUGCGGUGCCUGGGGACCUGCCCAACAUUCGGAGAAGUGGACCGGCUUCUUCAGGUGCACAAAAUAGAUAAGAACGGGGAGCUGGACUUCUCCACGUUCCUUACGAUGAUGCACAGACAGAUGCAGCAGGAGGACCCCAAGACAGAGAUCACGGAGGCCAUGCUGAUGACAGACAAGAAGAAGAAGGGCUACAUCCUGGCAUCGGAGCUGAGAGCCAAACUCACAGGGCUGGGAGAGAAACUCACCGACAAAGAAGUUGAUGAUCUCCUGAAAGAAGCAAACGUCGGCUCCGAUGGCAUUGUUCACUACGAAAAGUUCAUCGCUAUGGUGACCCUCCCACCACCGGACUACUGAGCUUCUAAAGGAACAAUAGAAACACACACACACCUGGGGACUCGCUCUCAGCUUUCACAUCCAUCCGUCUCUUAAUUAUUAAUCCAGCGCUUUCAAAAGGCACUGCGUCCCAUUUCUUAAUCCAAUGCAUCUUCCCAUGUAAUCCAUCCCAUUUUAACUACUUGUCAAGUGAACAUAGAUACUGGGGUUUUAAUACUGAAUGUCAAUGGAUAUCUAUCUGCUAAUUUGUACUAGAUCGAGAUGGGUCACAGAAACUACAACCAGGUGCAUUUUAUUUAUUACUUUAAAAGAGCAGAGGUUGUUAAAUUAUGAUGAACCGAGGCAGUUAAGAUGGCCUCCCAAGUACACAGAUUUGCAGAAUCUAAAUGUAUAAAACUGGCAGUCUCAUUUUACUUUGGAGUCAAAUUAUUUUGUUCACAAGUUCCUUGACAUACCACUAGAUGGCCUUUAAUAAACCCAGUGGUUGCUUAA